AAGGAGCGCAGCAAAUCUGUGCAUUCUCUGUUGGUGCGGCAACGACGUCUCUUACCUCCGGAUUAUCCUGAGCCGCAGCAAUUCCUACUUUCGCUCGUAGAGCAAAAAAGACACUGACCACUAUUCCGUGGAGCCCACAAGCCACGUGACCAGCUCCGGUCAUGUGACUCCAGAGCCAGGCGGCAGAAGUGUGUUACCCUGGUAACUGUUGAGCCCCCGAAGACCUUCCGGGAAAGCGCGGAAUUCAGAGACCGAGUGUUUCCAGUGUUGUAAAUACUUUGGAAUGUUUACUUUGGGAAGUGAAAAUUAUUGAUUAUGGCUCACUAUUCCAAAGAAGAGCUGGAUGAAGAGUUUGAAAAGUUCAUGAAAGAGCUUUCAGAUGAUUCUUUUGAGAAUUCAAACAAAACACCUAGACAACCUGAAAGAGAAGUGAAGAAGAAAGAUGCAUUGCCAUGGUGGAUAACUGAAGAUGAUUUUGAAGAUGGUGGACAGCUUGGAACAAAUGUAAGCUUUGUGAAAGCUAAGAAGACUUCUCAGCCUAUUAUGGAAAUAGAAGAGGAGUGUCCUGAAAGGAUUCAGUUUCUUCAGAGCAGUGGAACCUCUAUCUUAAGUAUUGACAGCUUAGAAACAAAUGAGAUCAUAGUUUCUGAACUCAAUCAUAGUGUUCUUGGAUUGGGAUUGGACACACUAGAGGAACAAGAGGAAAAGGAGCAAUUUUUUGCCAGGCUUGAGGAAGGCUUAACAUCUUCCAUUGAUUAUUCAAGAUUAAAUAAGGAAUUGGAUUCUAAUGACUCCACACAAUUUAAAGCUUUACAUAGUAGUCAAGCUAAUAUAGAACUAACUGAAGGUAAACAUGAGAAUGAAUCGAAACAUGAAGAACUAGCAGAAAAUUACAGUGAUGAUUUUGAAGAUGAGGAGGAUAUUGAUGCACCUUUGACCACUAAAGAAGAGACUAAUUCCAAAGAAAAUCCCAAAUCUGAAAAAAUACAUGUACCCAAACAGGAAGAAGAGAAAACUGGCAUGCUGGCUAACGUGGUACUGCUUGAUUCCUUAGACUCUGUUGCAGAGGUCAACCUUGAUGAACAGGACAGAGCAACUAAGCCAAAGUCCCUGCCAGAAAUGACUGAUAAUGAAAUGACAGGAACAGGUGUUUCUUAUGGACAAAGCAAUAGUGACAUUGAAGCUCUACAUCAGGCUUAUUGUCAGGUAGCCCAGUCUUUGGGAGAUACAGAUGAACAAAGAAUUGAGAGUAAUGCAUUGGAAAAUACCAAGAGCUCAGUGAAAGAUUAUCCUCAAGAAAAUGAAGAGUCCUCUAAAAACAUCUCUACUACAGAAUCUGAUCUGCCCACGGUAGAGGAGUUGAUGAAACCUAUCAGAAUAGAUUCUUUUGGUGUCAGUGGUUUUGAUUUACAACCUGUCAGCUAUAAGAAACUGGCUGAUAGUAAAGAAACUGAAUGUGUUAGCCCUAUACCCCUUAAGAGGAACCCAAAUAUUAUAUCUCAAGAACCACAAAAUGUAAACCAACUUUUCGACAAAAAUGAAGAGAAUGUGGUUUUACAAAAGACAACAAAUAAAGAUAGAGAAAAUAGCUGUCUAGGAGUAAAUGCUACGGAAGAACAUAUAGAUAAAAUGUACCUUGAUAUUUUGAGGAAAAAAAUAUCUGUUGGUCCUCCAUUAUUGCCUCCGGGUGACAAAGUAAAUAAAACUUUUAGAUCUCAACUCAGUUCUGGCGAAGAAGGGGCUGUAACUGGUAAACAUGAACCACACAAGAAGGCCAGAAGUGCACCUCCUGUACUUAAAAGAAAACCCCAGAGUGGAUUAUAUGCAUCAGUUAGGAGCUCAGGCUAUGGCAAACCCAGUUCACCAUUCAAGUCUUUUUCUACUCUUGAAAAGAAAACUUCAAAGGACAUUAUGAAAAGUAAAACUGUGAGAUCCAUUCCUACUUCAAAUCAAGCUAGGAAAAAAGAAAUCUUAUCUGAAACAAAAGUCAUCAAGCCUGCAGCUCUGGGUAAACCAGCUCCCAAAAUUGAAAAUUGCCUGGCCACCCCUAAGAAGUCUGAAGAUUCUACAGAAACCGAUUACUGUGUUCAGUUUCAGAAUGAUUCUUCAGGAUACUGUGGUGGGAACAAGGAGACAGAGUUACUUAUGUUUAAAAGAGUUCAGGAAGCAGAGGAAAAAUGGAGGGGUGCACAAGCCCUAAUUGAGCAAAUUAAAGUUACAUUCUCAGAAAAAGAGAGAGAGCUGGAAAAUAAGAUGGAAGAACUAAGGAGACAACAGGAAAAGGAACUCUUCAGACUAAAUCAAGAUAAUUAUAUUCUUCAAGCCAAGUUGAGUAGCUUUGAAGAAACAAACAAAAAGCAAAGAUGGUUACAUUUUGGAGAAACAGCUGAUCCUGUCACUGAAGAAAAAUUGAAGCAAAUUCAAAAAGAAAUACAAGAACAAGAGACACUUCUUCAAGGAUAUCAACAAGAAAAUGAACGAUUAUAUAGUCGAGUGAAAGAUCUGCAAGAACAAAAUAAGAAAAAUGAGGAGCGAAUGUUCAAGGAAAACCAGAGUUUAUUCAGCGAGUUAGCUUCCUUAAAAGAACAGAUGCACAAAAGUCGUUUCCUAUCUGAAAUAGUUGAAGAUUCAGAACCCACCAAAACCCAGAAUUUUACAGAUCUGUUAGCAGAGCUACGGAUGGCACAGAAAGAAAAAAACUGUUUAUUGGAAGACAUCAAAAGACUGAAGCAAGACAAACAAGCCCUUGAAGUAGACUUGGAAAAAAUGAAGAAAGAGAGAGACCAAGCCAAAGAUCAGAUUGCUUAUGCCACAGGUGAAAAAUUAUAUGAAAUAAAAAUUCUAGAAGAAACACAUAAACAAGAAAUCAGUCGCCUGCAAAAAAGAUUACAAUGGUAUGCUGAAAAUCAGGAACUUCUGGAUAAAGAUGCAUUUCGGCUUAAAGAAGCAAAUGAAGAAAUUGAGAAGCUCAAACUUGCGGUUGAGAAACUGAAAGCUGAAUCUGGAAAUCCAUGUAUUCAGCAGAAGAUACGUUUAAAAGAGAAAGCAGCUGAUGCCAAAAAAAUUCAAGACCUAGAGCGACAAGUUAAGGAAAUGGAAGGAAUUCUAAAGAGAAGAUAUCCCAAUUCUUUACCUGCUUUAAUACUGGCUGCAUCAGCAGCUGGUGAUACAGUGGAUAGAAAUACAGUGGACUUUAUGGAGAAAAGGAUAAAAAAACUAGAGGCUGAUUUGGAGGGCAAAGAUGAAGAAGCAAAGAAAAGCCUUCGUACCAUGGAACAACAGUUCCAGAAGAUGAAGAUCCAGUAUGAACAGAGACUAGAGGAGCAGGAGCAGCUACUUGCCUGCAAAUUGAAGGAAGCACCCCAGAACCAGCCUGACAGCUCCUCCAGGGUUGAAGCACUAGAGAAGGAGCUCGACGACAUCAAGGAAGCCCAUCAAAUCACUGUAAGAAACCUUGAAGCUGAAAUAGACAUUCUUAAACAUCAGAAUGCUGAAUUGGAACUCAAGAAAAACAAUAAAGAUGGUAACGAUUUCCAGUCUAUAGAAUUCCAGGUAGAACAGGCUCAUGCUAAAGCUAAACUGGUGCGACUCAACGAGGAGCUGGCUGCGAAGGGGAGAGAAAUACAAGACCUUUCAAAAACUGUGGAGAGGCUCCAGAAGGAGAGAAGGAUGAUGCUGUCUAAUCAGAACUCUAAGGGUAGAGAGGAAGUGACUACAAAAAGGGGGAAGAAAGAUGGUUUGCAUUCAGGUAAAGGAAGUGCUAACGCAUUCCCUGGAACCCUGGAUGGCAAGCGUUACCAACCACACACUUUUACUGAUUCCCAUGUUUCAGAGGUUUUACAAGAAAACUGCAAAUUGAAAAAUGAACUGGAGAGAUUAAUUGUGGAGAGGAAUGAGCUGAAGAUGAAAUCUGAAGCAGCAGUGACCCAAUUUGAAAAUUCCAUGAAAAGGGUCAAGGAAGAUACUGCAGCACACAUUGCAUCUCUCAAAGCAUCUCAUCAGAGGGAAGUAGAGAAACUCCUUUGCCAAAAUGCAGUAGAAAAUUCUUCUUCCAAAGUAGCUGAACUAAAUCGUAAGAUAGCAACUCAAGAGGUACUUCUAAAACAUUUCCAAAAUCAAGUUAACGAACUGCAGGGUAAACAGGAGUCUCUGGUAGUUUCUCAAGUUCGAGAAGAAAUCUUACAGAAAGAGAUUACAAAACUCCUAGAAGAAUUAAGAGAAGCCAGAGAAAACCAUACACCAGAGAUGAAACAUUUCAUGGUCUUAGAAAAGAAAAUUAAGCAGAUGGAAAUGAGACAUGAGCAAAGAGAGCAGGAACUUCAACAGGUAAAGUAGUAAAUCAUAUUUACAUAUUUGUAUAGCUCUUCGCUUUUAAGUACCUCCAGUUUGCUAUAGUUUUGCCAUCCCUAGCAGCAUUUCCUGAAGUGUUUCAUUGUACAUUGAUCUUAUUAAGAAUAAAUACAGUGUUUAAGAGCACGUAAGACUUUAAAUUUCAAAUACCUGAAGAUUGGUUUGCCAACUUAUGUUCUUAAAAUGUUAGGCAUUUUACCCUGGGAAUUGGUCUUUGGAAGCCAUAUUCCAUAUUCCAGCCAUUUCAUGUUUGUAAGAAAUGUUUGUAAGAAAUAGCUAUAUUAAAAGGUAAUUGUUUAAAAUAUUAUGUGUCUAGCACUAGUGAUAUCACAAUUAGUACACUUAAUGACAGAUAAAUAGAAAUUAAAAACGGCAGAAGUAAGGGCAUGAUGUUUUUAGGCAUUAGCCUUUCUGCCAGUAUUUACCUUUGCUUGAAGAGUCUGUUGGUCGGCUUGAGCUGUUACAACAAAAUACCAUAAACUGGGUUACUUAAAAAACAAAUUAAUUUUCUCACAGUUCUGGAGGCCAAAAGUCUAAGAUUAAAUUUCCAGCUGAUUCAUUCUGGUUGAAUAUGCUCUUCCUGGCUUGCAGAGGGCCUUUCCUCAGUGUAUGCUUUGGGGUGAGGGAAGGAGACUAGAGAGAGAAAGAGAGCUAUCUGGUAUCUUUUCUGAUAAGGACACUAAUCUACUCUGAACAGGACCCCACCCUUAUGAUUUCAUUUAACCUUAAUUAGUUCCUUACUCCAAAAAUAGCCAUACUGUGGGUUAGGGCUUCAACAUAUGAAAAGGGAGUAGGGGGACACAGAAGAAAAUUCAGUCUAAAACAGUAUAAAUAUAUAUAUUCUUUGAAAAAAAAACAAAAAGAUAUGCAAUGGUUUAUGAUUGACCUAAGUUCCAGAGAAACCCUAGCUCUAUUUAAUCAUAUCAAAGUUUUAGGUCUUCAUCAUUAUAGGAACUACGAAAUGUAAAAUAGAGGACAAAAAGAUUAGUGUAAUUCAUUUCUCAUUUUUACGUAAGGUGACCGAAUGGAUUAAAAAAAAAAAAAGACUUCUGAAUGCUGCCUACAAGAAUGCUGCCUCACUUCAGACCUAAAGAUACAUUAUAGAGUGAAUGUAGAGAUAGAAAAAGAUAUUCCAUGCAAAUGGAAAUUUUUUAAAAAGGUAGCAACACAUAUCAGUCGUGAGACAAAGAAGGACAUUAUGUAAUGAUUAAGGGAUCAAUCCAAUAAGAGGAUAUAACAAUUGUAAAUAUUUAUGUAACUAACAUAGAAGCACCUAAACAUACAAAUGAAAUAUUAACAUCCAUCAAAGGGGAAAUAGUAAUACCGUAUUAGUAGGGGACUUAAAACACCCCCACUUACAUUAAUGGAUAGAUCAUCUGGACAGAAAAUCAAUUUAAAAAAAAAAACAGUAGCUUUGAAUAACACGUCAGACCAGACGUACUUAACAGAUAUUGGAUGUAAUGGGCUGUGAAUAGCAGCAGCAUAUACAUUCUUUUCAAGUGUGCAUGGACUGAUCUUUAGGAUAGAUCACAUUAGACCACAGAAUAAGUUUUAGACUAUUAAGAAGAUUGAAAUCAAGCAUCUUCUCCAACCACAAUGGUAUGAAAGUACAAAUCAAUUACAAAAAUAAAAGAAACAGAAUACAAAUACAUGGAGGCUAAUCAAGAUGCCCCUAAAUAACCAAUAGGUCAAUAAAGAAAUCAUAGCAGAAAUUUAAAAAUACCUUGAGACAAAUGAAAAUGGAAACAAUAUUCCAAAAUCUUUUGGACAUAGCAAAACCAGUUCUAUGAGGGAAUUUUUUUUUUUUUAUAGCUACACGGGCCUACCUCAAGAAACAAAAAUCUCAAAUAAUCUAACAUUACACAUAAAGGAACUAAAAAGAACAAAGCUCAAAGGUAGAAGGAAAGAAGGAAAUAAUAAAGUUCAUGACAAAAGUAAAUGAAAUAGAGACAAAAAAAAUAAGGAAGAUUAGUGAACUAAGAGCUGGUUCUUUAAAAGAUAAAACUGAUAAGCCUUUAGCUAGACUCCUCAAGGAAAUGAAAAGACUUCAAUAAAUAACAAUAAAGAAAUGAAAAAGGGAGAGUUAAAAUCAGCACCACAGAAAUACAAAGGAUUGUAAAAGACUACUAUGAAAGGUUAUAUGCCAACAAAUUGGACAACCUAGAAGAAAUGGAUUUUUAUAAAUACAAAAUCUCCCAAGACUGAAUCAGGAAGAAAUAGAAAAUCUGAAUAAAUUAAUUACUAGUAACAAAAUUGAAUUGGUGGGACACCUGGAUGGCUCAAUUGGUUUUAGGUCUGACUCUUGGUUUCUGCUCAGGUCAUGAUCCCAGGAUCGUGGGAGCAAGCCCCAUGUGGGGCUCCCUGCUGAGCAUGGAGCCUGCUUAAGAUUGUGUCUGUCUCUCUCCCCGAAUUGUGUUCUCUCUAAAAAUGAAAUUUAAAAAAAAAUUGAAUUGAUAAUCCAAAAAUUCCCAACAAAGAAAAGUCUGGGACCAGAUGGCUUUAAAUGUUUGGAAGAAUUCACCUGUAAAGAAGAAUUAAUACCAAUCCUUCUCAAACUAUCCCUGCCCCCCCCACCCCAAAAAAAAUGAAGAGGAAGGAAUGUUUUCAAAUUCAUUCUACAAGCCCAAUAUUACCCUACCAACAACAAAGACACUACAAAAAAAAAAGAAGAAAAUUACAGAAAGAAGAAAAUUACAGAAAGAAGAAAAUUCCCUGAUGAACAUAGAUGCAAAAAAUCCUUAACAAAGUAUUAGCAAUCUAAAUUCAAAAAUACAUUAAAAGGAUAAUUCACCACAGUAUGGUGGGAUUUAUAGGAUACAAGGACGGUUGAGUUCUUCAAAUCAAUAUGACAUACCAUAUUAGCAAAAUGAAAGUUAAAAAUCGUAUGAUUUCAAUAGAUGCAAAAAAGCAUUUGCCGAAGUUCAGCAUACAUUCAUGAUAAAAAAUUCUCAAUACGCUGAGUAUAGAUGAAACCUCAGAAAGGCCAUAUAUGACAAACCCACAGCUGACAUGAUACUCCACAGUGAAAAACUGAAAAGUUAGCUUUUUCACUAACAUCAGGAACAAGGAUGUCCACUCUUUGUUAUACUCCAAGCUAGUACCAGAAGUCAUAGCCACAACAACCAGAUAAGAAAUAAAAAGCAUGCAAAUUGAAAAGGAUGAAGUACAACUGUCACUAUUUACAGAUAACAUUGAUAAUGUAUAUAGAAAACCCUAAAGAUUCCACCAAAAAUCUAUUAGAAUAAAUGAAUUCAGUAAAGUUGCAGGAUGCGAAAUUAGUGUACAGAAAUGCAACAGAUGUCUGUACAUUAACAACUAGCAAGAAGAAAUUAAGACCAUCACUUUAUAACUACAUCAAAAAGAACAUACAUAAAAAUGAAUUUAACCUAAGAGUUGAAAGACCUGUACUCUUAAAACUGUAAUACAUAGAUGAAAGAACUUGAAGAUAACACAAUAAAUGGAAAGAUACACAUGGAUUGGAGGCGUAUUGUUGAAAUGUUCAUAAUACCUAAAGCAAUCUGCAGAUUUGGUGCAGUCCCUAUCAAACACCAGUAGAUUUUUCAUGGAACUAGAACAUAUAUUCCUAAAGUUGAUAUGGAAUCACAAAAGAACCCAAAUACACAAAGCAGUCUUGAGAAAGAACAAAGCUGGAGGUAUCACACUCCCAGUUUUUCAAAUGUAUUACAAAACUAUAGUAAUGAAAACAGUAUAGUCCUGACAUGAAAACAGACGCACAGAUCAAUAGAAUGGAAUAGAAAACUCAGAAAUAAACCCAUGCUUAUAUGGUCAAUUAAUCUAUGACAAAGGAGGCAAGAAUAUACAAUGAAGAUAAGAUCAUCUCUUUAAUAAUGAUAAUGGUGCUGGUAAAACUGGACAGCUGCAUGCAAAAAAAAGAUGACCACUAUCUUACACUAUAUACAAAACAAAAGGAAACAAACAAACAAACAACACCUCAAAAUGGAUUAAAGACCUAAAUGUAAGACCUGAAACCAUAGAUCUACUUUAAAAAACAGUAAACUCUUGGACAUUAGUCUUGGCAAUGUUUUGGGGGUUUUUUUGUUUUUUGUUUUUGAAUAGGCCUCCUUAGAGAACAAAAGCAAAAAUAAACAAUUGGACUACAUCCAAUUGCACAUGGGGUGCCUGAGUGGCUCAGUUGGCUAAGCAUCCGACUUCCAUUCAGGUCACGAUCUCAUGGCUCCUGAGUUCGAGCCCUGCAUCAGUCUCUCUGCCGUCAGCACAGAGCCCACUUUGGAUCCUCUGUCUCCCUCUCUCUUUAACCCUCCCCCACUAGUCAAAAAUAGACAUUUAAAAAUAAUUUUUAAAAAAUUAAAAGCUUUUGCACAGCAAGGAAACCCAACAAAAUGAAAACAUACUGAAGGAGGUAUGUGAAGAAGUCAAACUAUUAGGAGGUAUUUGCAAAUGAUAUAUCCAGUAAGGGGUUAAUAUCCACAACAAAUGAAGAACUCCUAACUCAACACCAGAAAAAAAAAAAAAUCUAAUUUAAAAAUGGGCAGUGGAGGGGAAGGGCCAAGAUGGCAGAACAGCAUGGAAGUUUUUUUUGUGUGUCUCUUGUUCCUGAAAUGGAGCCAGAUCAACACUAAACCAUCUUGUACACCUAGAAAACUAAUUUGAGGAUUAACACAACAAUCUGCAUAACCUGAACCACAGAACUUGGCAGGUACAUGGCAUGGAGAGGUGAACUGGGGGAGAGAGAAGCUGCGUGGGGGGCUGUUUUUGCUUGUGGAGAGAGGAAGUGGGUAAGGGGAAUGGGAAAAGCAACCCCACACUCCCCUGCCCCCCCUCUGCUGAAAGCAGCUGGAGAGAAAGUGGAAGAGUGGAAACAGCCACAAGGGACUGAACAAAAAAGGGAAAAAGGAGAAAGGAAACAGUUUAAAUUCCAUUAAGACUCUAUAAACAGGGGGAGCACAAGAGAGUCUGAAACUCCACAGCUCGAUACCACGCAGUGCUCUGCUGGGAAGAGCAAAUCCUGAGGAACAGUGAGCAAGGUCCAAGGGGUUCAAGGUCCACACAGGAAGUGGCGGUUCCCCUGCUAGGAGGAUAUUUGGUAGAGACUGUGCAGCCUCCACACAGACAAAGGUCCCAGGGGACCGUGGAAAACAACCACAUUCGCUG